AUGCCACUGCUACUUCCGCCGCCUGUUGUCGAGUUGUGUAUGAGGCGCCCUAUGCCUCCGGUACUGCCCGGAGAAGUCGAUCCAUUACCGUACAAUUGUCUGGCCGAAUGUUCCCUCAAUGUUACCCGUAUCCUGAUGAACAAGCAGUUCCGUGUUGAACAAGCCCGGAAGGUGUUACUGGCACGUGUUGAUAAUGAUCGCAACUGGACGGCAAUCAUCGAACGUGCUGUGCAAAACUGUUACAAGCAACAGAUCCUGAAUUGGUUCUAUUUACAAGAGGUGGCUCAGAAUAAAAUCUCUUCCCAGUGCGUUCCAUCGUCCUCCGCAUUCAUGGGAUGUGUGUUUGCCAUAAUGUAUCGGGAUUGUCCCACAGAAAACUGGAUUGGCUUGGAAUAUUGCUCUCCAAUGGUGUCCACACUCAACAACUGCAAGUAUCUGUUCAAAUUGACGACGAUUAUUUAA